AUGUCUCUUUCAUUGCCUCCCUGCCGAAAAUUUUCAGAACAGGUCCUGAUAUGGGAACCCGAUGGUAGCACAAACGAAGCCUCUAGUAACAGAGUCUCGCCCAAGGUUCUACCACCCAAAAUCAUACUUCUAUUCACCUGGGCAGAUGCACAACCACGUCACUAUCUGAAAUAUAUUGAAGGAUACCAUGAACUAUAUCCCAACGCGAAGGUUAUUCUUACCCAGGCGACGACGCUGAGAACAUUUUUCGGCGGCCAAAAAUCCGCGCAACGCGUUGUUCAAGACAUGGUUCAUCAGGAACUUAUACCCUUGUGCACAAACGACCAAAUAUCACAGUUUGGGAUUCUUGCGCAUGUCUUCUCCAACAGCGGUGGUCUAAAUUAUGAAGCAACGAUCUCUGUUUGGCACGACGCGUUCGGAUCAGACAAGCCACUGCCGCUUAAGACAUUGAUCCUCGACUCGAUGCCCGGCGGAGAAACAUACAAAACCGAGUUCCCUCUGUGGGCUACUGGUGUCGCCCUUGGUAUGAAAAUGCCACUGCCUAAGUUCAUCAAAUGGGGUCUUGCAGCCACCAUUGUCACGGUACUCAUGGUGAUUCCCCAAAUACUCGGAAUCGAGAUCAUGGCGACCCGGGGUCCCAAAGCGUUGAACACACCACAAAAUGUGCCACUGAAGAGUGUGCGGCUAUAUAUCUAUUCGACAUCAGACGCGCUUAUUCGAUAUCAAGCUGUCGAGGCUCAUGCAGAAUCUGCUAGAGCCAAGGGCUUUACUAAUGUUCUUCAAGAACGAUUUGAUGGAUCUGCGCAUGUUUCACAUCUCAGGGUAGAUCCGGAGCGAUAUUGGAACGCUGUAUGGAAGGCUUGGAAUGUUGCUCAGGGAAUAACACUUCCUAGUCUAUAG